AUGACGACGCCUUCCUUUCCUAUUCAGCAUGACUUUGCCCUGAAGCAGCUAACCCCAAACUCCAAGCCUAACUACCAACCGUACGUAAAGUUGAGCUUCUUCUUCCGGAAAAGACCCGACAUCAGUCAUGAGGAUUUCCACAGACAUUGGGAAACGGUGCAUGCGGAUUUGGCCGUGGCAUCAAAGGCAUUUGCGCUCAACAUCAAACGAUAUACUCAAUUCCAUGCACUUCCUGAGUGCAAGGAAGCGGCAAAGACUCUAAUCGAGGGAAUGGAGCUGUUGGAAUAUGACGGUUGUAGUGAAAUUUUGGUCUCAUCUAUUGAGGAUGCCGCAGCGUUCUUUUCGAGCCCAGAAUACGUCGAAAAGAUGAACAGCAAGUCAAUGCCCGGCUCACUCCGCUUCAUGAUCGGAUAUGACAAUUUGAUCUUCGGUCUGGGUUUACCGAUUCCAGAGGCCACAGACGGCAUCCAGCCCAGGGACUUGGAGACGGCACUUAAACAAGAGUGA